GCUUCCUCAGCUUCCCGCACUGCGUGACCGGAGCCCCAGCGAGCCGCUCGGAUCCCUUCCCCAGGCGGCGCCGGAGGGGCCACGGGAUCGCCAUCCAGGACAAGAUGAAGCUCAUCAUCCUGGACCACUAUUCUCAGGCCAGCGAGUGGGCGGCCAAAUACAUCAGAAACCGCAUCAUCCAGUUUAACCCAGGACCAGACAAGUACUUCACUCUGGGGCUCCCCACUGGGAGCACCCCACUGGGCUGCUACAAGAAGUUGAUUGAGUAUUAUAAGAAUGGAGACUUGUCCUUCAAAUAUGUGAAGACCUUCAACAUGGAUGAGUAUGUGGGCCUUCCUCGAGACCACCCCGAGAGCUACCACUCCUUCAUGUGGAACAAUUUCUUCAAGCACAUUGAUAUCCACCCAGAAAACACCCACAUUCUGGAUGGAAAUGCAACUGACCUACAGGCUGAGUGUGAUGCCUUUGAAGAGAAGAUCAAGGCUGCGGGAGGGAUUGAGCUGUUUGUUGGAGGUAUCGGUCCCGAUGGACAUAUUGCCUUCAAUGAGCCUGGGUCCAGUCUGGUGUCUAGGACCCGUGUAAAGACGCUGGCCAUGGACACCAUAUUGGCCAAUGCUAGAUUCUUCGAUGGAGAUCUUGCCAAGGUGCCCACCAUGGCCCUGACAGUGGGUGUGGGCACUGUCAUGGAUGCUAGAGAGGUAAUGAUCCUCAUCACAGGUGCUCACAAGGCAUUUGCUCUGUACAAGGCCAUUGAGGAGGGAGUGAACCACAUGUGGACAGUGUCUGCCUUCCAGCAGCAUCCCCGCACGGUGUUUGUAUGUGAUGAGGAUGCCACCCUGGAGCUGAAAGUGAAGACUGUCAAGUAUUUCAAAGGUUUAAUGCUGGUUCAUAACAAAUUGGUGGACCCCUUGUAUAGUAUCAAAGAGAAAGAAACACAGAAAAUCCAGUCUUCUAAGAAACCAUACAGUGAUUAGCCUGUGCUAAUCCUAGUGUUAAGUACCUCACUGGGAGAGGCAGGUGUUUCUGGAAUUUGUCUUAGGACAGAAUUGUAUUUCUUUAAUCCAGUAUGUUAACUCCAGAUAAAUGAGUGAACUUCCUGCUCUUAGCUGUGCAGCUUGGAGCCUUGUCAUGGAGUUUAGCUAUAGGGAGAAUGACUAUAACUUACCCUUAAUCAGAAGAAAAAUCUGAAAAAUGUA